AUGGAAUUUCAAUCAGAUUUUAUUGAACCCGCUACUCCAGCGUUAUCAUUCAACAGUAUUAAUCGAUUUUCGAAGAAUGAAGAUAGCGGAUAUCACACAUUUACACCAGGUUCAUUCCAGUAUUCAGAAAUAUCGAGCGAUAGUCUUAACUCUCAUGUCGUACAGGGACAGUUUUGUCAAAUUCAAGUGGAUUGCUACGAUAUUACCCCAGAGGUAAAGCUUCGAUUGGGACAGAGAUAUAGUAAGUCCUCUAGUUCAAUUAGUUCUUUGGACAACAGUAAAGACUCACCUGUAAGUCGCCGUGGAGUAAAGCGCUCCUUUCAGGAGGAUAUAGAAAAUGCAGAUGGGAAUUCUUCAAUUCCAACACCAACUAGUCUUAUUUCAGGUUGCUUACGUAAACUUAAAUUUAGCGAUGGGACUAAAUUAAGCAAAUCUAUAGUUAGUUCCAGAUACACUAAUACCGUUUUAAAUGAUUUCAACUAUCAAAACAACUUAGAAGGAACAGAUAUUUCAUAUCCCACAACCCCAGUGAAAAAAGUUUGCAGAAGCAGUUGUAAUUUAAGUUCAUCAAGCCUAAGAAAACCAGUGAAAAAACUUAUAACUCAUUCACUUUCAUGUGAAGUUGGAGCAUUACAACCAGUGAAACAAAGACCAGUACCUGAAAAAGUGAAAUCAUAUCACAUUAAACCUAACAAAAAAAUUGAUAUUAUAAAGAUGUUAUAUGAGCAUACUGCCAUGCCUCCAAUCAUGGAAAUUUUCAGAUACUUGUCAAAUGAAGAUAUAUAUAACUUCAGCUUAGUAAGUGAUGUGUGGUUAAAGGUGUGGGAUGAAGUAAGUAAAAAAUUAACAGUAAAACAAAAGUUUGUCAAGUUUAUGCAAAAUGAAAAAGAAAACCAGGAGAACAAAGGAGCAACACCAAAAGACAUUAAUAGCACCCAAGUAAGAUUACCUAUGGGUGUCCACAAUGUGGCCAAUAGUCAUAAUGUGAAAAAUACUGUCGGCAGCCCUCCUGGUACACCUAGAACUAUCAGAUUUAAAAAAUUUACUAAGGCAGCAUCAUUGGAUUCACGUUUGCAAGUUAUAUGUUCAAGAUGUGAUCAACCUGCCAAAGUAAAUAAAGAAGAUUCUGAAGAGGAGUGGGUGGAAUGCACCAACAACACCUGUGCUUAUCAGUUUUGCAGAUUUUGUAGAUGUGACAGACAUCCGGACAAAAAGUGUCGUCAAUAUGAUUUAGAGGGCCCUAGUCCAAGUAAAAGAAAGAAAAAUUCACAUGCAAUGUGUUCAAAAAAAAGUAAGAGAACUUUACGUAGGCUCCUGUGA